AUGCCUAUGUCUUCUUCUCCUCUAUGUUUUUUCAACAUUACUGCUGGACAGCUGUGUCUCAACCAUGUCAGAAGGAAAAGCGGUUAUCUGUCACAUUCAGUUCUUCCUAUAUUUCGAUGUGUGAAUGUGCUGGAAAGGAACGUGGAGAAAUGCAGCAUUUCUGCAAAUACUAAUGACCAUCACAUCACUUUUCAGUUCCUCUGCAGACAUGGUGUUGUCAAAACAUACAAUCUGACAUUUCAAGAAUGUGACCCGCUGCAGGCUGUUUUUGCAAAGAAUAUGUGUCCAAAUGUACUUAAAGUCCACUCCAGGCUGCUGGCUGAUACCAUGAUUCACUUUCCGAACAGUCAAGAGGAAAUAACUUUAUCAGUUACUCCAAUGAAAGUUUGUUUCAAGAGUUACACUGAGGAAGACACUGUUUUUUCAAAGACAAUGCUUACUGAGAUACAGCUACAUCCAGAUGAAUUUGACUACUUUCAAGUUGGAGUAGAUUCUGAAGUGACAUUUUGCCUUAAAGAAUUGAGGGGACUCCUGGCAUUUUCAGAAGCUACAAGUGUUCCCAUCUCAAUCCAUUUUGACAUCUCUGGAAGACCAAUUGCUUUCAGCAUUGAAGAUACGGUGCUGGAGGCCAGCUUUAUUCUGGCUACCUUGUCUGAGGUUGAAAAGGAGAUGGCUUCCCAGCAGGCUCCCUGCUCCUCACAGCAGCAGGAAAGCUCAAAGGCAUGUACAGGUAAAACUGAGAACACCUCCAUGGAUAAAGACCACCGCACAACAGCAGGUGCUUCCAAAAAGCAGCAGUGGAGCAGAAAUGCACCAGAGUCGGUGGAGCCUGCAAGUCCUUGGGCAAAACAAGAGAUUAAAGAUGUUCCCGGAGUCCAAAAGAGAAAUACGAGAGGCAUGAAAGGAACAGCCAUGAUGGAGGCAGAAGACCAUGCAAGGCUGGAAGGAGAGUCAACAGAGACCCACUCUCAGAAGUUUCAUUCCUUAUUUUUUGGAGCAGUUUCUUCUAAGGAGAAGGAUGCCAGCAGCCACACCCUCCAUAGCUUGGCAGCAGCUAGUGACACAGAGGAGGAUUUUAGCAACGUGCAGAGCUCCCCAGUUCUCUAG